AUGGCUCCCCUCAAGCUUAACAGCAGGAACCUGUCGCAGAUUUUUGCGGCCGGCAAGUCGCUGGUCAAGGUCCCGACUUACCAGCGCAAUGGCGCCGUCAAGGAGGGAAUUGUCCACAUCGGCGUCGGCGGCUUCCACCGCGCGCACCUUGCCGUCUAUGUCGACCGGUUGAUGCAGGAGCAGGGUGUGACCGACUACGCGAUUUGCGGUGUGGGCUUGCAGCCCUUCGAUUCCACUAUGCGCGAUGCCCUGGCGUCGCAGGACAACCUCUACACCGUCAUCGAGCGUUCGGCCAAGGGCAGCUUUGCGCACGUUAUCGGCAGCAUCAACUCCUACCUCUUUGCCCCCGAUGAUCGCGAGGCCGUUAUCGCCAAGAUGGCGAACCCGGAUACCCGCAUUGUCUCGCUCACCAUCACCGAGAGCGGCUACUACUACAACGAGAACACACACGAGCUCCAGAAGGAGCACCCGGACAUCCAAUUCGAUCUGAACCCUGUUAACGAGAACAAACCGCGCACCACCUUCGGCUUCCUCUAUGCGGCUCUGGAGCGACGCCACCGCCUCGGACUCAAGCCGUUCACGGUCAUGUCGUGCGACAACAUGCAGAAGAACGGAUCUAUCACACGUCACAUGCUCGAAUCGUUUGCCCGCCAGCGCAACCCCAAGGUUGCCGAGUGGAUUGCCGAGGAGGGUGCUUUCCCCAACGCCAUGGUCGACCGUAUCACACCCCAGACAUCCGCCACCGAUAAGACAGCACUCGCAGAGAACUUUGGUAUUGAAGACUCAUGGCCGGUCGUCACAGAACCUUUCAUGCAGUGGGUGAUCGAGGACAAGUUUUCCGACGGCCGUCCCCCCUUCGAGAAGAUCGGUGUCCAGGUUGUCAAGGAUGUCCACGCGGUCGAGCAGUUCGAGAAGCACAAGCUGCGUCUGCUCAACGGCAGUCACUCCGCCAUCGGUUACCCGGGUCAGCUGGCUGGCUUCAACUACGUUCAUGAAGUCAUGGAGCACCCGCUCUUCAGCAAGUUCGUGUGGCAGAUGAUGCAGCAGGAAGUGAAGCCGCUCUUGCCCGAAAUUCCCGGUGUCAACAUCGACGACUACUGCAACACGCUCAUCGAACGCUUCACCAACCCCACCAUCAUGGACCAGCUGCCCCGCAUCUGCCUCAACGCUUCCGGCAAGAUCCCGCAAUUCAUCAUGCCAUCGAUCGCAGAGGCAAUCUGGGUGACUGCCCCGUUCCGCCGCCUGUGCUUUGUCGCCGCCGCCUGGUUCUGCUACAUCAAGGGUAUUGACGACAGCGGCAAGGCGUUUGAGGUGGUCGACCCGAUGCUCAACGAGCUCCAGGCCAAGGCCCGUGCUGGAGGUACCAACCCGUCCGAGUUGCUCAGCAUCAAGAACCUGUUCGGUGAUGACUUGCGUACCGACCCGAGGUUCCUCAAAGAAGUCACCAAAGCCAUGGAGGACAUUACCCGGGAUGGCAUCUUGAAGACGCUUCCCAAGUAUAUUGACUGA